AUGGCCCAGAAAAACUCCUGCAAGUUGUACUCCUUCCAAGACGGUGUCUGCGGUUGUCCAAUCUUCUGGAAGAAACAGGAAUCAAAGCCCUUCAUCAAGAGCACAAAACUUUCAGUCAUUGGAGACUCGGUGUUUACACGUACUGUUAAUAAAGGUGGAGGUGCAAAACAGAGGAUCUUGAGGGCGCAAAAAGGCAAGAAGAAGAAGACUAUGCCAUCUAUGAUUCCCGGUAAAGGUUCUGCGAUGAUGUCAAGGACUCAAAUGAAAAAGAAAAUGAAGGAAGCGAACAGGCUGAUGCACAAGAAAGAAGUCCAUGAGAAAGAAGUCCACAAAAAAGAAGUCCGUGUCUUGGUCGACUAUGAACUUCCUUCUGGAGCUGAUCGUUUGGAUUGGGAUACAGAUGAGGUUCGGAGGAUGGCGGGGGAGAUUGCAUAG